AGAUACCAAAAUGAAGUUCCAACUGGCAGCCUUCAUCGCGCUGGUUGCGUUCGCAACCGUCAACAGUUACCCGACCCUCGUCAAAGGGUCCCUGAAGGAAGACAUCCAGUACUUCACGGACAUGAUCCCCAUGAAAAAGAUAAUACCGAUCGUCAUAAGGUACGCCGCAGAAGACGCCGAGUUCCAAGAGCUCCUGGAAUACGCGAGAACCGACGACUUCAAAGAAACGGUGAAGGAGAUCCAAACUAUCCCCGAGUUCCACACGUUCGUCAACUACCUAGAGAAGAACGGCGUGGACGUUGUGAAGGCACUGAACAGAAUGAACAGGAUCAUCGGUGUCCCGGCCUUCCAGCCCAUGGAUCUUUACAAGCGUACCGGUGGACUGAGGGGUUUGUUCGAGGAGGUCAAGGCACUGGUCUCCUACGAUGAAAUCAUCCACGGCUACGUCUACAAGAUGAGGACCUCCGAGGCUUUCGUCGACUUCGUGGCACACCUGAAGUCCCCUGAACACCAGAAGUUCGUCGACACCCUGUACAGUAACGAACGUUUCCUGAAGUACCGCGGAAUGCUCGCCGCCAAAGGAUUCGACGUCGCUCUGGUCGAAGACAUCAUCUACACCGUUCUCGGCAUCGAAUUCCCCUGGAUCAAGGUCAACACGCCAGCUCUCUACGCGAACCCAGCGCUUGGCAAGGACAUCCGUGAUUUCAUCGAACUCGUCGACAUGCAGAAGAUCAUGAAGAUCGUUAUUGACUACAUGGACGACGACCAGGUGGUACAAACUUUCGAGUAUAUACAAAGCGAGGAAUUCCACGUGCUGGUUCGUAAUGUCGAGGCGAUGAAGGAAUACCAGGGGCUGGUCCUCUACCUGGAAGACGCCGGGUUGGACAUGUUCGAUUUCCUCCAGCGGGUGCAUCAGCUGUUCGGUAUGGAGGACUACGUUCCACCCAAACCCAAUGUCGCGUUCUACAUCGAGGGUGUCUUCGUUAACAAAGGUGGACUCCAGAGCUUGGUCGACGAUAUAAUCGCCGCGCUGCCAUUGGACAAGUUCAAAGCACUGUACCACGAGAAAAUGGCCAACUCGCCCGCGUUCAAGACCUUCAUAGAGAAACUCCGUUCCCAGGAAUUGCAGGAAAUCAUCAACACGGUUUACGCCUCGCCCAUCUUCUUGGAAAUGAGAGCCAAGGCUAUCGCCGCCGGAUUGGACCUCGAACCGUUCAGAAAGUUGAUCAAGGUUGUCCUUGGUUUCGAGUUCCCACGAGUUCCAUCAGUGUAUUAAAUUCCCGCUAAAGACACGUGACAUAUGACUUUGGAUACUGAUUUAAAUUAGCUCGACAUUAGUUCUGUAAUUAAUACCUACUUCUAAAGUUUUUAGUAAAUUUGAAUCUUCAGAA